UCAUAGCAACGAACAACUUCCGCUCACCCACGGCCUCCGUAUCAGAGCAACAGAAAUCAACUUCCGGUCUAACCGACAGCAGAUACAUCACUGGCUUUGAAAGGAACACAGAGUUCAUCAUGCCAACCAAAACUAUGCCAAUUAAGACAAAACAGAAUACUGGGGCGCCUCCAAUGCAGUCACAGAAGUUAAUUCUCCCCAAACCACCAAAGGGCAUCACAAAAAAGAGGGAUGAAGAUGAUUCUACAGACAUGGGAGAUGGUGCCGAUGAAUGGUCUCAACCCAAGGCACUUACUAAGCCUCCCGACCAACUGCAGCUAACCGAGGCGGAGUUAAAAGAGGAAUUCACUCGCAUCCUAACGGCAAACAAUCCUCACGCUCCCCAGAACAUUGUGCGGUACAGCUUUAAAGAGAGGGUGUACAAGCCAAUAAGUGCGGUGGACCAGCUCGCUGUGCACUUCGCACUGGAUGGGAACAUGUUACACAAGGAUUCGGAUGAGGCGCGCCGGCAGAGGGCAAGGAUGGGGGUUGUUGAAGAUUCUGCACCCAGUGAUGUGGCUGCACCAGAUGCCGGAGACAAGGACGAGGAAGGAGAAGGGAAAGCAGCCACUCCGGUCGCAAGCGAGGAGGGAGCAGAUGGGGAAGAAAUAACAAGAAACAAAAAGGAACGAAAGCUGACCAAUCAGUUCAACUACAGUGAGCGUGCUUCACAAACCUUCAACAACCCUCUGAGGGAAAGGGCUUCUCAAACAGAACCUCCUCCGCGUGCAACAUUUUCUGCCACUGCCAACCAGUGGGAGAUCUAUGACUCGUACUUGGAGGAGCUGCACAAACAGGAGAAAGUGAAAGAGAAACAAAAGGCACCCACCAGUAAAAAGGACGAGGACAUCUCUUCAAGACGCAAACUGCCCCCAGCCGAAUCCCAGAGUGAUGACAUCAACAAAGUGUCAAUGUCCAGUAAGAUAGUGGAACGAAUGGUGAAUCAAAACACGUUUGAUGAUAUCACACAAGACUUUAAGUAUUUUGAGGAUGUGUCUGAUGAGUUCAGAGAUCAAGAUGGGACUUUGCUUCCUCUCUGGAAAUUCCAAUACGAUAAGGCCAAACGGCUCGCAGUGACUGCCCUCUGCUGGAAUCCUAAAUAUAAGGAUCUAUUUGCGGUGGGACACGGUUCCUAUGACUUCAUGAAGCAGAAUCAAGGCAUGCUCCUUCUCUACAGUAUGAAGAACCCAUCCUUUCCUGAAUACGUCUUCAAUACAGAAAGUGGAAUCCUGUGCUUAGACAUCCACAAGGAGCAUCCUUACCUAGUGGCCGUGGGCUUCUAUGAUGGAAACGUGGCUAUUUACAACCUCAAAACUGCCACCACACACCCAAAUUUCAUGAGCUCUGCAAAGUCUGGCAAGCACACAGAUCCCGUGUGGCAGGUAAAAUGGCAGAAGGAUGAUAUGGACAAGAAUUUGAACUUUUUCUCAAUCUCCUCCGAUGGGCGUGUGGUUUCCUGGACUUUAGUGAAGAAUGAGCUGGUUCAUACAGACGUCAUCAAGCUGUCAGUCGAUGUAUCUACAAAGAAAGGAACGGAGGAGACCCAGCUGCACGGCAAUGGCUGCGGCACAUCCUUUGAUUUUCACAGACAGAUCGAUUACUUAUUCCUGGUUGGAACAGAGGAGGGGAAAAUUCACAAGUGCUCGAAAGCCUAUUCCAGCCAGUUCUUAGACACUUUCGAUGCACACAAUAUGGCCGUUGAUGCAGUGCGCUGGAAUCCUUUCCACCCAAAGGUCUUCAUCACCUGCAGCUCUGACUGGACAGUGAAGCUAUGGGAUCACAGCGUGAAAACGCCGAUGUUUGUGUUUGACCUGAACUCUGCCGUGGGAGAUGUGGCUUGGUCCCCUUAUUCAUCAACUGUAUUUGCUGCUGUUACCACCGAUGGGAAGGUCCACGUCUUUGAUCUGUCCAUCAACAAAUAUGAAGCAAUUUGCCAGCAAGCUGUUGUGGCCAAAAAGAAAACAAAACUAACCCAUAUUGAGUUUAACCCUGUCCACCCAAUUAUCAUUGUGGGAGAUGAUCGCGGACAUGUUAUCAGCUUGAAGCUCUCACCUAACUUGCGCAAACAGCCAAAGGAAAAGAAGGGCCAAGAAAUUCAGAAGGGUCCUGAAGUGGAAGUGGCCAAAUUAGACAAACUGCUUUCGCUGGUGAGAGAACCGGACUCCACACCUGAGAAGUAAAUCACUCCAUACCGAACCACAUCAAAUAACACGCAUUCCCUUUAGGGGAAAUACUUUCUGUUUCACAUCACUAGAAAUAAAUAAUUUUAUUUUCAA